UAACCUAUGUAACUUAGGUUACCCCCCCAAGUACUUUAUUCUCAAUACGUGAAUUUAUUUAAUGCACGUCUGCAUUGAUGUCAAAUUUCAAAGGCUUUAUCGUACUUGCGAGUUUUCAAAUUUAAUCUAAGAUUGGAGAAGAACGAUAAGGUUAUGGCGAAGAUGGAUUUGUCUUUGCUGAGAAGUAAAUUUCGCGGUUCUAUGCUUGGUGUUUUGAUGGGUGAUUGUCUUGGGAGCCCUUAUGAAAACGAGGAAUUGCUCACCAAGGGCAUGAAGAUAGUUUUACAACGAUCUUUGGAUAAAUUGGAGGGACCUAUGUUCAAAGCACCUGUCAUGCAGUUUACAGAUGAUUCUGCAAUGACACGUUCCGUGGCCAAAUCCUUAAUCGAAACCAAGGAUCUGGAUGUCGUCGAUCUAGCAAAGAAAUUCGUCAAGAGUUACUAUCUGGAGCCUAAUCGUGGUUACGGUCCUGGGGUUGUAACAGUAUUCCAAAAAUUACGUGGUAACAAAUUUUCGGACAUCCUAAGUCCGGCAAAGGAACAAUUUAACGGGCAAGGCUCUUGGGGAAAUGGCGGAGCAAUGAGAGUCACGCCUGUUGCAUUGUUUUGCUACCAAAACUAUGAUAAACUUUUAGAUAUGGUUAGAAAAACAACCCAACUUACUCACACGCAUAAAGUUGGAAUAGAUGGUGCUAUUUUACAAGCAGUAGCGGUCCAACAAAGCCUUUUAUUAAAUCCUAGCGAGGAAUUAAAUGUAACAAAUUUUAUAGAUAAUCUAAUUCAUAAAAUGGAGCAAAUAGAAAAAGACGAAGACGGUUUAGGUCUCUCAGAGCCACAACCCUAUAAAGCGCAGUUAGAUAUAAUAAAAACCUUAAUAUCUGAAAGCAAUGAAGGACCACACGAAGAAAAAGUAGUACAAAAAUUGGGGAACAGUGUUACAGCUUUGUAUUCUGUACCUACAGCAAUAUUUUGUUUCUUAAGGGCACAGAAACCAAUUACUGGCAUAGAAACAGAGAAUCCUCUUAGAAGAGCAGUUCAAUAUGCUAUUAGUUUAGGCGGUGAUACCGACACUAUCGGUAGCAUGACGGGUGCAAUCGCUGGUGCAUUUUACGGCGAAAAUAAUAUUAAUUCAAAUCUCUUACAGCACUGCGAAGCCUCGGACGAAUUUAGGACUUUGGCGGAUCAGUUAUUCGACAAAGUGAUGGCGCCAUAGAUAUUUUAAUUUUUCGUUAGCUGUAAUUCCACGAUGAAAGACACGCGAACGAAUGUAAUAAUUGUAUUUUUUAACAGAAUUUUACGGAAACGCGAUUAUGGCCGACUUAAACUAUCUACAGAAAUAUAUAACGCCCAUUUAUAAUAUGAAUUUGUACAUUUUGUUAAAUAAAUAAUGUUUACGAUCUCGA